UUAAUUUUGAUAAAUUUUUCAGAGGAAAAUUUGUUGCUUCUACUUGACCCAGCACUAAGGUACACUGAGAGUUUCUCCGACGUCGUCGAUUUGACUUUGGCCAAUACAUCUUCUCCUUGGAGUGUGUAUUAUUGGGAUGCGUUAACCACAAAUAGAUCAAUUCCCAGGGAAUUUAUCCGAGGAAGCUUUAUGACUGUCGUUAUGGUUUUCUGCAAUGACCCAUCGCAAUUUUUGAAUCAGCUUGCUAGUUCUUUGGUCUGGAACCCGGAACUUAUUGUCCUUUUUUCUUUGAGAGCGGACCUUGAUCACAACGCCGUUGCAAAUCACAACGUAGUGCAAAGAUCGCAAUACAUAACAUUGAUCAGACCAAGCGCUUCGAAAAAGUCAUUUUUACUGUACAAUGUACGUCACAGUAUUUUCGACCCCCCAGGAGCAAAUAAAACAGUUCUUCUGUUGGUUGGCAUGUGGGACUCCCAGGCCUAUAAGCACAAGUUCAAACAACCUAAAAGAAGAAUUGACAGCUUCAGAAAAGUAAAUAUCGAUUUGGCAUCAAUAUGCUAUGAUUUUCCUUUCAUGUACGAUGGACCCAACAACACGUGUCCUGGAGCAGCCUUUGAUAUGCUAGACAUCUUGGCUGCGAAACUUGACUUCACGUAUACGUGGCAAGAUCAAAGUACCGAUGGUCGGUGGGGAUCCAAAGAAAAUGGAACGUGGACCGGAAUGUUUGCGGACUUACUAUACCACAACAAAUCUAUUAUCAUUAAUAACAUCGAACUGACGUUAGACAGGCAGGAGGCUUUCGACAUGACGUACCCGUACUUCAGUGAAGGGUUCAGCAUCAUGCUCAAGAUCCCUGACCCGUUGCCGAGGUGGCGUGGAUUGUUAUACCCAUUCACUCGCCAGGUUUGGGUAUAUAUCGUCAGUAUGGCGGUCGUGGCGGUGCUGCUCUUCACUUUUGUGAUGUCCUUCAUGCAAAAUUUCAAACCUCAUCACAAAGGUUUUUUACAGAUGCUGGCCAGCUUGUCAAACCAAGGCUACAGUAAUGAGGUGCAUGGUUGGUGGAUGCACGUGUGGAUGCUCACGUGGUGGUUCAUGUGCUAUGUUCUUUGUCUGGCGUACACGUGUAACCUCGUGGCCUUUCUCACCAUCACCGUGCCUAGGAAGCGCAUUGAAACAAUCGACGAACUGGCCGACUCGAAUGUCAUCGUGGCGAUGGAAAAUUACGGUAACUACGUACCGGAGGCGCUCCGUGAGUCGUCCGACCCAAGUUUGGCGAAAAUUGGAGCAAGGUUUGAUCUAUACGAGGCCAGCGAAUGGGACUCAGUGAUUAAGGGCAAAGUAACGAAAGGCACCUAUGCAGUUAUUAAUGGGCAAUCAUUCCACUACUUCUACAGGAAUUACUUCAACUUAACGACUCAGUGCUACUUCAUGCGAGAAGUGUUGUACCCAAGUUUCGUAGUGUACUACCUACGCAAGAACACGCCCCACACGGAGCUGCUGUCUGAGAACCUGCAGCGCCUCGUGGAGGCUGGUCUCGUCGGGAAGCUCUACAACAAACACAUGAUGAAGGACGCCCCGCCUGACCAGGAUGAUGGCCUGCAGGCGUUGACGAUGCCCCACCUCGCGGCCGCCUUUAUCCUCUGCCUCUGCCUGUACGCGGUCGCAACUUUGUGCCUCCUGCUGGAGCUGCUCACGGCGCGUCGAGUGCGACAGGGCAAAAAUACGUUCAAAAUGGAAACGUUGUUUGUGGGAUAGCUUUCAAAUGGGAGAUAUUUUCCAGCACACAAAUUGCCUAGUAUACCACCAUAAAUUUCAUAUAUCCCAUUCAUAAUCGCGCAACUAAAUAGCGUUAUGAUGUUUAACCAAGCACAUUUUUGCGAUGUUGAAUUUUGCACAAUGAUUCAAUUGAGCUAACAUAAAAAAGAAAGCAUUGGUACAGAACUGCGGCUAUUCUUUUUCUUUUUGAAUUGUACAUUGAAAAAUGUUGGGAACAGCUGUGAGUUUAAAAUUUGUUUCUAGGAAAAGAUGGCUAUGGCAUUUCAACCAAAAUUAUCAACUUAUUUUGAAUAACUUUUUCAUGGAAUCAAAAUUAUCAGUCAUACCUGAAAAUUUUAAUGAAUGAUUUGUUGUGUACAAAUCUACAUGGCGUCAUGCAUUCCCCAAACACAGUUCGCGGCCGCUCCGGCUUAUGAUUCCAUAAUGCGCGCAGGCUGGCAUGGAUCCUAGUUAGGAGAUCUAAUCCUUUUUAUUCAGACGCUAAUACACUGCUGAUGGUGGUUGUGGUUCUGUAAACGACCUUACAGUGCAAUGUCUCCUAUACAUGAUCAAUGAUUCUAAACAUGCACAGUGCACACAAACGCAAAACAUGCACAAUGCACAGCCGAUUCUAAACGUGCACAAUGAGGCGACAUCUGGUUAGCUUUAUUAACGAACACAUUCGGUUAAUGACGACGCCGGCAUGGUUGGAGGCGCCGAUUGGUUAUAGGCGAGGCUUGGUUGAUGGCAAAGUUUGGUUGAUGGCGAUGCAUGGUUGAAGCCAACAUCCGUUUGAAGCAACGUUUGUUCGAUUGCAACGUUCGUUUGAAGGCAACGUUCGCUCGAAGGCAACGUCUGUUUGAAGGAUCGUCCGUUUGGAGGCAACGUCCGUUUGGUGGAAACGUUCGUUCGAAGGCAACGUCCGUUUGAAGGCAACAUUCGUUUGAAGGCAACGUUCGUUUAAA